GGAUGCAUCACAGGCGGCUUCGGUCUCAUCGCGUUCUUCGUCAUGUCCGCAUACCCUGAGACCGCGCACUUCCUGACCGAAGAGGAGAAGCGCGUCGUCCUGCUCGCGAACGAGGCGGACCGCGCCCAGAAGGCCGGGGAGCACUUCAGCGGCAGGCAGAUCCGCUCCGCGUUCACCGACUGGCGCACCUGGCUAUGGGGGCUCGUGUACAUCACGAUCUACAUCCCCGUGUACAGCGUCAUCCUGUCGCUGCCGUCGGUCGUGACCGGCCUGGGCUACAAGGGCACGCAGGCGACGCUCAUGGCGUGCCCGCCGUACGGCCUGGGCUUCAUCAUCGUGCUGCUCGCGGGGUGGACGGCGGACCGGUACGGCAGGCUGUUCUACCACUACGUCGCCGCGAUCGUCGUCGUCAUCGUCGCGCUGAUCGUGCUCAUGACGGUCGAGAGCCUCGUCGUGCGCUAUAUCAUGUUCUUCCUCGUCAUGUUCAUGUUCAUCCCCGUCUCGGUCUGCUGGACGUGGCUCGGCAGCAACGUCGCGAGUUCGAACAAGCGCGCCGCAGCCCUCGGCAUUGUUUUCUCCCUCGGGAACAUCGGCGGCACGGUCUCCGGGCAGAUCUACCGCGCGGAGUGGGCGCCGCGGUACGUCCAAGGACACGCGAUCAACAUCGCGUGCUACGCGAUCGCGCUCGUCGCAGGCACUGCACUGUGGUGGAGCUACAAGACGGACAACGAGAGCCGCGAUCGCUCUGCGAACGAGACGGUGACACGGUCGAAGGAGCAUGACCUACUAGGAGAGGACUUGGGCGACCUGGGUGAUAGGUGCGUGUCUCGUCCCAAUCGCUGGAAAUCCAUCCCGUACUGA